AUCUCUACGCGUACCCUGCAACUAGUGCAACGGGUCGACUGAUUAUUGCUGAGCACUGUAAGUCACGGUAGGGUCGUUUCAGUAAAAGGCUUCUCGAAGUCAAUAGACCUUAAAUAUAUUGGCAUUAUCUGGCGCACUCUCUCUAGUUGCAGUUUCUGAGCAAACAGGUUCGUGUGGGGUAAAUGAUGUCAUCGAGCGGAGGGAUAUACGGUGGUACAAAUGGCUAAAGGAGCAGUGAGGAGCACCCGACUUCUGAUGAAACUUUGCCUGCAGUGAAACCUUCAGCACAACGUUACAGUAAGCUGAAUCCUGCGGUGUACGUAGAAGGUGUAGCCAAAUACAACUAAAGGCUGCUCUGUUCUCCUAUUUCCUUCACCGAUUUUUGAGGACCGAACAGAAAGAAAAUGGCCGACCAGCUGACCGAGGAGCAGAUCGCCGAGUUCAAGGAGGCGUUCUCCCUGUUCGACAAGGACGGCGACGGCACCAUCACCACCAAGGAGCUGGGCACGGUGAUGCGCUCGCUGGGCCAGAACCCCACCGAGGCCGAGCUGCAGGACAUGAUCAACGAGGUGGACGCCGACGGCAAUGGGACCAUAGACUUCCCAGAGUUCCUGACUAUGAUGGCGAGGAAGAUGAAGGACACAGACAGCGAGGAAGAGAUCAGAGAGGCCUUCCGGGUCUUUGACAAGGACGGUAACGGCUACAUCAGCGCAGCCGAGCUGCGCCACGUGAUGACCAACCUCGGCGAGAAGCUGACGGACGAGGAGGUGGACGAGAUGAUCCGCGAGGCCGACAUCGAUGGAGACGGACAGGUCAACUACGAGGAGUUUGUGCAAAUGAUGACUGCAAAGUGAGGAGCAGUUUUCUUUAUCUUACAUUGCCUGUCCUCCUACAAUCACUCUAUAAAAAAAACAAAUCAAACAAACAAAAAAAGCUACAAAAAAAUCUUAAAUGUUAAAAUUCUGUAAAUGUGGUUCGAAUUCAACCUACUUCUGAGGCAUCUGACAGCUGCAGAAUAACCCCACUAGGAGGCGCCAGAUAAAGUCUGAUCUGCAUGAGCUCUCUCUUCCUGAAUAAACCUACCGGGUCUCCCAGACGCCCACCAAUUUUUUUGGCGAGAAACCCCAGAAAAGAAUGACACUCAGAGCAGGGGGGAGGGGGGGUUGGAGGGAGGGAGGGGUUUUUAAAAAAGGGGAGGGGUUUAAAAAAAAAAAAAAACUAAAUGAAAAAUAAAUAAUGCUCCCGACUGAAAAUCGACUGACAGACGCCUUCACCUAAAAAGAAAAGCAUCUUUUCAUCUGAGCAUUUUUCGGUUUCGUAACAAUCUUUGCCAGAAGCACAGUGCUGUAUCCCAAUGACGGAUGGACGGACGGACGGACGGACGGACGGACACUCGUGCGAGCGUGCACACGAGAACCUUGCAUGCACCUUUUCUGGCGGUUUCCUCUGCCGCCGCGGGGGUCCCGGUUUUACGGUUGAGCGGAGACGACGCUUUGUGUACAGACAGGUUUAUACGAGUGCGUGUGUACAGUGUGUGGCGAAAAACGUUGGCACACGCGCGGGUGCCCUGGGGCGUGCGCCUGGGGUUCGGCCCCCAGCGUUCACGAGCAGUGCGGAAUGAACAGAUAAAAACGCUUAUAGUGGGCUUGUUUUACCCUUUGGUUUUUUUAUGGCUACUUUCUCCCCCCCCCUCCUCCUCCUCUUCCUCCUCCUGUAAUGUACCUUUUAACAUAACUGCAACGUCACGCUUUGGUAGCGCAGUGUGUGUUCGUGUGGAUGUACAGAUGCAGAGCAUUUAAUAACGAUAACAUUGCAUUCAGUGGACAAGAGCAUAGUUGUAAAUAUCUAAUCCACAAACAAUUAUAAUACAAAUGUAAAUGUUAAGCUUUUAAAAUGUGCAUUAUAUAUUAAAUGUGUUGUAAACUUUG